AUGGAAAAAAAGAAUGGUGACGGAGUGGAAGCACACACAAGCGGAAUAAAAGUUGAAGAUUCUGAAAUUAAGUUGGAGUGCCAAGAACAGAAGGAACUGAAGAAUUUAGGAAGAUCGGGAAGGAAGAAGGCUAGUGGGGCGGGGGCGAGGGGAGCUGGGAAGGGGGAUACCGGUAAUGUUGAUCACAUAACGGGUAUUGGUCCGAAGAAUGGUGUCCAGAGAACAGGAUGA